UUCCGGGUUAAUGUACCAUACUGUUAAAGAUGAAUCACAACAAGAAUAUCAGAGCAGCUUUUACUUACAAUGUGACCGAAUGUAAAGUAAACAAGCGAUGAUCCAAACGAGACCUGAAAUCGCAGGGAACGGAAUAAGCAUCCGGCUGCUCACUGUGGAAUGGGCGUGCUUCCAAAAGAAUGGCACGGUUUAGGCGUAACACAUGUGCCAUCCUGACCGCCCUGGCACUGACCCUCUUUAUAAUAUCGGCCCUCCUGAAAAACCUGAUCCGUGAUGACCAGGGCUCAGCAGAUGGAUUCGGACCGGAAUUUGUAGCCCAGAAGGGGCAGGACGAUGACCGCGUGCGGGCAGAUGGUGCUGCUGAGAUUCACCACAUGCCAGCGAAGAUGCCCGAGAUAAAGGCUGCGGCUCUGAAGAGUGAAGCUGCACAAGAGUUUCCUCCUCCUAAUUAUAACAUGCACGUUUUCUACUACACGUGGUACGGAAACCCAGAGUUCGAUGGAAAGUUUAUACACUGGAAUCACCCGCUUCUGCCACACUGGGACCCCAAAGUAGCGGUGGGCUUCCCGACGGGAGUGCAUGAACCUCCGGAUGAUAUCGGUGCCAGUUUUUAUCCUGCGCUGGGGGCGUACAGCUCGCGGGACCCUGCUGUCAUAGACGCUCACAUGCAGCAGCUACGAACAGCGGCCGUAGGGGUUCUUGCGGUAUCCUGGUACCCUCCUGGCAUGAAGGAUGAGAACGGAGAGCCCACCGAAGACAUCGUGCCGCUGAUCCUGCAAGCCGCUGAUAGAUACCAACUAAAGGUGGCGUUUCAUAUCGAGCCCUAUAAAGAUAGAGAUGACACGAGUAUGCUUGAAAAUAUCAAAUACAUUAUUGACAAGUACGGCGGGCAUCCGGCUUUUUACAGGUACAAAUCCCACAGCGGGAAGAUCCUUCCCUUAUUGUACAUAUACGACUCGUAUCUACAGAGGUCGGACGUGUGGGCGCGGCUCCUGAAGAGCGACGGAGAGAGGAGCGUCAGGAACACGCCGUACGACGGCGUCUUCGUGGCUCUGCUCGUCGAGGACAAGCACAAAAACGAAAUCCUGGCGUCCGGCUUCGACGGCGUCUACACGUACUUCGCCACCAACGGCUUCUCCUACGGGUCGUCCUAUCGCAACUGGGGGGCCCUCAAGAGCUUCUGCGACGCCAACGGGUUGAUCUUCAUACCCAGCGUGGGCCCGGGCUACGUGGACACCAGCGUGAGGCCCUGGAACGGCCCGAACACCAGGAACCGCCUGAACGGGCGGUACUACGAGACGGCUCUGAGCGCCGCCGUGGACUCCAGGCCGGAGAUCAUUUCGGUGACGUCGUUCAACGAGUGGCACGAGGGGACUCAGAUCGAGAGCGCCGUUCCCAAAACGAGGGGCAGGACCGCUUACCUGAAUUACCUGCCCCACAGACCCUCGGCGUAUCUGGAAAUCACACGCAAGUGGGCGGAGACGUUCAGAGAGCAACGGCGGAAAUGGCUAGAAUAGUGCGGACGGGGUCAGGUCGCGAAGACGCCAGCGUAUAGCACAUUAUUUUAAUGAAACUGUUCAUCCUGGUCAGGGUCGUGGUGGGUCCUGUUCCACCGGGAAACGCUGGCCGUAUGGCAGGAAUACCCUUGACAAGGCUUUGCUCCCCCCUUCUUCCUUCCUAAGACAUAACCAAUUAAUCUGUAUGGACAUUAACUAUUAACAUGUGUAAUAAAUCAGUAAUAUAAAGGGAAUUCUAUGCUUCCAACUUUGCAGCAACACUUUAGGGAAGGACCAUUCCUGUUCCAGCAUGACUGUGCCCAAAGCAAGUUCUACUGUCUUUGCAUUAUUUGAGAUCUAAAGCACCGUGUUCUUGUUAUUAUUUUACUAUAUUGUUGUUGUUUUUGCAGAUAAACGCUAUAAAUUAUAAUAUUUAUGUUCUGAAUUUGGGGGGAAAUAUUGUCUGUAGUUUACAGAGUAAAUAAAAACAGAGAAUCUGAUUAA